AUGCCAAAAAAAUAUCAAAAAAUGAAAAAAUCUUUUGUAAAAAAAUCCAAUAAUCUAUCAGUUGAUACUAAUAAAAAAAAAAAAUAUAAUUUAAGAAAGAAUAUUAGACUGAGAAGAAUUAUCGAAAAUAUAGUUCUAAAUCGAGGUUUUCUCAAUGAUCCAAAUCAAGAUAUAUUGGUAAAUCCUUUAAAUGAUCCAAUAGAAGUUGACAUAUCAAGUAAUAAUAGUGAUCAAACAAUUAAACCUAUUCAACCUAACCAUCAACAUUUAUCACCUUAUUUAUCUUUAAUAACGCUAAAAGAAACUACCAGUAGUCUUGCAGUUCAAGAUGAACUCAAUGGAAUAGACUAUUGUGAAUUUUUAUCAAUGUCUAGAAAUGUUAAAGAAAUGGCCGGAACAGAUUCAGAAUCUUUUCUGGGUGUUUUUCUUAAUCCUAAAAGGAUAAAUACAGACCUAUCAAAAGAAAUAUUAGAUUUGUUAGUUGAAUAUUAUUGUGAUAUCUAUAAUAAAGAUUUUGUAGCAUUGUCAAAUAUUCAUGUUGCCAACCCAGAAGCUAUACCAGUACUUUCAAAGAAUCAUAAGACUAGAUUUCAUUGCAAAAUUAAUGGCGAUGAUAAUUCUUACAAUAUUGAACUAUGGAAGAAAAUAUUUUACGAUCUUAGUAGAGAUUGUAUAAUUCCAGUUUAUAGUAUAUUGGGUCAAUUCGUUAAAGGUUCUUUUACAAUAGGCAAAAGGAAAUACAUGUCAGUAAUAUUGAUUAAUAGAAAGGUUCAUGUUUAG